AUGAUGCAGUCGCACGCGGAGCAGCAGGGCUACAUCCUGGCUUCCGGCAUCCUUGACCUGAUCAAUGACGGAUACGGCUUUCUGCGCCAGUUGAGCCUCAAGCCCAGCCCCAACGAUGUCUACGUAUCGCAGUCGCAGAUCAGGCGCUUCGCUCUGCGGACGGGCGACCAGGUGAUGGGGCAGGUGCGGCCUCCCAAGGACGGCGAGAAGUACUACGGCCUGGUGCGCGUGGAGGGCAUAAACGGCCUGGACACGGACGCUGCCAGGGCGCGGCCCAGCUUCGACACCCUGACCCCAAUCUUUCCAAACGUCCAGUUGAAGCUGGAGACCGCCAAGGACAACCUAUCUACUCGCCUGAUGGACCUGCUUUCCCCCAUAGGCCGCGGCCAGCGAGGCCUGAUUGUGUCUCCUCCAAAGGCGGGCAAGACCACGCUGCUCAAGCACAUUGCCCAGGGCAUUUCUACAAACAACCCCGGCGUUACCCUCAUGGUGGCCCUCAUCGGGGAGCGCCCCGAAGAGGUAACCGAGAUGAAGCGGUCCAUCGACGGGGAGGUGUUCAGCUCAACCUUCGACGACCCUGUUGAGGACCACUGCCGCGUGGCUGAGCUUGCCCUGGAGCGGGCCAAGCGCCAGGUGGAGUGUGGGAAGGACGUGGUGAUACUGCUGGACAGCAUCACCCGCCUGACGCGAGCGUAC